AUGUCCAGCUUGACAGGUGUUGCUGUGGCCACCAAUACGCUGCCGGUUGAAAACUGGGGUGCCCUUAGGUGGACCACGCGUCAGCAGCAGCGCAAAAAGUCGAAUGCGAACGGUGACAGUGGCGUGGUACUGGCGAAUCCAAAGAAGGAUGGGAAGCCCGAUGGUACGAAUGGCGCCAAUUCGGACGGCGAUGAGGAGGCCCUACUGCAGCUAGUCUCUUUGCCCAAGCCACAGCAUCACAGCAGUGGAACACCUGCGAGUGUGGUGGAGAAGCCCAUUGUUAGUAUCCCCGUUUCCCUCAUUGCAAGUGCUUCUGCAACGACAAAGAACGAUCUUUCACUCACCUUGCGUCCACAGUCCUCUGUGACAACGACACAGAGUGGAGGAGGUGUGGCAGUGGAAUUGACUUCCAUUCGUUUUGCGAUUCCCAACGUGUGCGUCGAUCACGAACAGACGGAAGAGGCAGGACGCGAGAUACUCGCUGAAACGCAGGAAGCGAUUAAAAAGUACCAGUCCCGUCUCCUUGGUGAGGUUGGUUCUGCUGCCAAUGAGGGGACGGAUAAUCAGUUGCUUAUGAUGAUGGCUGGUAGAAAUCGUGAGGAUGAGCGUAUCGUUGCGGUGAUGGAUGAUAUCACCUUUUCGUAUCCGUCUGGGCGCUACAAACUUAUUCUGUCGAACUACUCCUUGGUGCUGGAGGAGAAGAAGCGUGGGGCGGCAGGGAGUGGUGGAGUUGCACCUUUUGCACCGCUUAGCGAUAUUCUGCAGUUGUAUCUCUGUGACAUUCCAGACAGCGGUUCUGGGGAACAGGAAAACGAGGAACUCGCGCAAUACGUCGUUAUAAUCCUGCGCAAUCCAUUGAAGGUGCGUACCACGACGUACAGGCACAUUGUUAUUUCUUGUCCCGCUGGAUUUGCCCUUGACGAGGCACACCCGUGGCGGUGCCAGUUGGAAACACAGGAAGAGAUUGACAGUUUCCUUGCGACGCUGCCCCACAACCAAAGCAAUUCUUCAGCCGCACCCACGGCAACGGUAAAAAGUGAGGAGGGAAGCAAGAAAAUCAAGAAUACCUUCGCACCAAUGAUGUCGGGACGUGUAAGUGAAAUUCUCAUUCGGGUUUUGAAGGCUUUAACGGGUGUGACUGCGCUUGGUGGAUUCAACAAGGAGUACCAAACGAGCAGGGGAUACUCCGUGCUCCGCUGCUUACACCAGGGCGCUCAUGGACUUCUCUUUGUUCUGCACUCUGCCCUUCUUUUUCUUCAUCGUCCCGUCACACGCGCGCUGUUUAGCCAAGUCUCACACGUGGAGGUGGAUGAGUCAGAAGGUGGCAGUGCGACGUUUCAAAUGGUGGUUUACGGCCAAUUUGGCAAGCAUACCGGCACCACAACGGAGAAUAAACUUGUCUUCUCGGCUCUGGACAAGCGUGAAAAGGCGGCUUUGUUGGCGUAUCUUGAGAAGAAAGUCACGGUGCGGCGAAUCGGUUUGUCUAUGGAAGACGAAGAAGACGAAGCGGAGGACGAUGAUGACGAAGAAGAGGAAGAAAGCGACGACAAUGAUGACGAUGAUGACGAGGAGGAUGAAAGCGAUCGCGAAAAGAGGUCUCAUAAACGUUCACGCCACAAGAAGGAAAAGCAUAAGAAGCAACAUCACCACAAUAAGCAUAAAAAACACAAGAAGGAAAGAGAAUGA